AUGGAGAGCCUGGCCGACGUCUCUUUCAACUCUGCUGAUGGUAGAUUCAUUGCAACUCAGGGAAAAAACGAGAGUAUGGCGGAAUUCGGGGGACACUACAUCAAGUUUGACAAAGUCAUCUCUGGUGAUCUCUGUCAGAAUGGCAUAUUCAAUGUCAAGGGAAUCAGGGUCAAACGCUUUCUCAUGUGGCUGCCUAUUGGCAGUGUGAGAACAGACCCUCCUCCUGGUAAAAACAUUCACUUCCAAGUUGGACCCUUCACAGCCUCCCUCCCUGCAAAAGAGCUAUGGGAAUACAAAUUCUGGGCACCAUCCUUCAAUAAAGCGCCCGAGCCACCCAGCCCUUCUAGGUGCCCGCCUCCUGUUCUUCAUCUCCCGCCACUGACCACUCGCUUCCAUUCAGCUACUGCUCUGUACAGUCCUCGUUCGCCUAGUAUCAAGGCUUCAUCAAAUGCAUCAACAGUGACAGAAAGGGCAUGA